UCAAAGAUGGCCGGCAACAGCGUUGGUGGCAGUGCGAGUGUUGUGGACGAUCCCGAAGAGCGAAAACAUUUUCAAAGAAUUGUGAACGCUUUUAGGUCAUAUAGGAGUUACUCCCUUCGACGGUUGUUUAAAGUGGUCAAAUAUGUGUCGAGUCUACCGCCGUCCCAUCAACUCAUGCUCAAGAGCUACCGGCAACACCUGGACCGAGUACGGAUGGCCAUUGACCACAACCACGAGGUUCUCAAGCUCGUGGUGGCCAACAUUGCCCACAUGUUCGAGAAUGCAGACCACUCCGAUGAUGUGAAACCGACGAAUCAGAUUCAGGCCACAUCGUUAGACAUGGACAAGGUGCAGGGUGUCCUGAAGCAGUUCGUACGGGAAUGGAGUUCCGAGGGGGCCGAGGAACGGCGAGCGUGCUUUCAACCCAUUUUGGACACCAUUUCAGAACAUUACCCACUAGACGAAGUAGACCCAUCCACCAUUCACAUACUUGUGCCGGGAGCAGGCCUUGGCAGGCUAGCCUACGAGAUCGCCCGCCAGGGUUAUUGUUGCCAGGGCAAUGAGUUCAGCCUGUUCAUGCUGUUCGCUUCCAACUUCAUUCUGAAUCGGUGCAAGGAAACCAACUUGUACAGCGUGUAUCCCUGGGUGCACCAAUACUACAACCACAUGGCCUCGGCAGACCAGAUCAGGCCCGCCCAGUUCCCAGAUGCCAACCCCAGCGACGUCCCUCCUGAGGCACAGUUCUCCAUGGCAGCUGGCAACUUUGUCGAAGUGUACAGCUCACAGUUGGAACAGUGGGAUUGUGUGUCGACGUGCUUCUUCUUGGACACGGCACCUAAUGUGGUGUUGUACAUAGAGACCAUAGCGCACAUCCUACGGCCUGGAGGUCUGUGGAUCAACUUGGGUCCACUGCUCUACCACUACGCCGACCUGCCUAACGAGGACUCGAUUGAGCCCAGCUACGAAGACGUCCGGAACAUCAUUCUUGCCAUGGGCUUUAUUUUUCUGAAAGAAGAAACUGGUAUUCCGACACCGUACACCCAAAAUCCACGUUCUAUGAUGCGGUACGAGUACCGCAGUGUGUUCUUUGUUUGUCAGAAACCGCUGCAGCCCUCUCACGCCAUGGAACAGGCAAUCCACGACGAAGUUGUCGACGGCGCUGACUCCUGAUUCAGUGACUUCCCGUUGCACAUAGAAAGAACGUGAAUGCGAGUAUUCACAGCACAUGUAUACGCAGCAAUCGGUCGAAAUGUGACGACUGGGUCCUCGUUGAUUAUAAUGUGUUCACAUAUGAUUUUGUACAGGUAUAGGUAAGAGACGAGAACCAAAUGAGCUCUGGUGUUUGAUGUACGCCCCAAUUUGAGCUGAGCAUGUGCGUGUGAUUUAAAAGCCAUCAGCAGUAGCGUUGAACAACUAUGACCUUUCUGGUGAUGUCGAACUUUAAGUGCUGCUGUACGUUGCGAAUUGAUUUUGCUACUCAAAGCAUGAGUAGUGUACGUACAAACGUGAGGAACAUUUGAUUGGUUCAAAGUUCAUCAGUGCAAUGCAAGGUUUGAAGAAAACUGUAAAGCAGCGCUUCCUUCUUUAUUGCCACGUCAGAUACGUGCAUAUGGUACUUUAGUUCUUGAAACUUGAGUAAGUUGUACAUUUGUUAAGUUAGGUAAAGAGACUUUACCAUCCAUUAUGAAUUGAAUAUUCCAUUGUAAUGACAACGUAAAUGUUUACGGCAACCUGCAGCAAUGCCUUUCGUUGAAGCCUGGGAAAUUCUUUCUGGUCCAAGAGGAAAUCUUAUUGGUCGAUAGCUUUCCCAAAGAAUGUUAUUUGUACGGCAAGAGUUGUCAGCAAUGAAAGGCUUCUCUUUUGAAUGAACCGAUAUCCAAUAAUUUCACAUAAAACAAACCGAUAUCUUCCCAUAUGUGUUAUGGAGCAUUUCCCAUGUGAUCGCCAUAUCCAGAGUAUGAACGUAUGAGAUCCCUCUAUGUUCAUACAAAAUUAUGGAAUAUGGGGCGUAUAAAUUAAUCCAGGAUGUUUCCCAGCCACCCUUUGAAGGGCUUACCCUCUAUUUCUUAUUUGCUACUGCGAUUAAGACUGCAGCAUUGUCUCAACACAAUAUGAUAUUCACUAUGCCCUUGCCUUAUAGCGCUAUAACACAGCCUCCAAGAUUGGUGGAUCACUCUGCACAAUCUCUGAUACACAGUGUGAACAAGAUUUCUAUUGUUCCUGCUUCGCCUGUAGCGACUUGUUGGUCUUGAUGUUUUAAUCCAACCAGUGGCUGUUGUGCUGAAAUGGAACCUUCAAUUACCUAAACACACAAAGAACAUAUUGCAAGACAUAACAAAGUAAAUUUAAAUUGCUUAUCACCUGUAUUAACAUGCAACAAAUACUACAUGCCUAUAAGAAACAUUAAAUAUGAUGAAGAUAUUUUUGUAUUGGAUCCCACUUUGGUAUAACAAGGUUUGGUUUUCAUAAAUGGCCUACAGUUUGUAAAAUAUCGGCUCGAUGAUGAAUUUUGUAAGACUAGUUUUUCCAGUCGCAGGCAUGCUUAGAGUUUGAUCGCUGAAAAUUUAUCACCAGCUAAGUACUCUGAUGAAUUCAGUGAAAAAGCAGGCAAAAAAAUUGCAGUAAUGAAGGUAUUUAUAAUAUAAUGCCUUCUAUGUCAUCCUGAUCCCGAGUUUUCUAUUUUUAUUGAAACAGAGUUAUUAAAGGUGUUGGUAUCAUGUGGUAAGCGUAAUUCUGUCACAUCAGCUGGAUUACCUGAAGAGGUGGACACUUCUGAAGAGCAAUUACAGAGUAGUGAUAACUAAUUAGACUAAUUAAUCUACUUAGCCAUAGUUAGGUGACAUUAUUAAAACAAAUCCUCACGUGCAUUAUUUUUUCAGACAGUUCAACCUCGAAAUGUAUCACAAGAUGCAUUGAUGUUCCACGAAUUAGAGCUUGAUUUUUCUUAAAGGGCCCGUAAACAGACCAUUGCUGAGCACAGGAUUUUUGUUAAAUAAAUGUAUUGCUUCGUUGCUCCCCUUGCUGAAGUUUUUCGAUUGGGUCAUAUGCUUGAAAGUGAUUAACAAAUAUAUUAAUUUUGUUAGUUACCUAAUAUUACUCUGCAAUUUAUUUUGCAUGUAGCAUCCAUAUCUUCAACUGUAGUCCAGCCAGUGUGACCAAAUCAAUGUCUAUCACCCGCUUUAAGAUACUGUUUUCAUAAAUUUUGAUAAGUAUGAAUGGUACGUGGCUUUUGCCACGCCGACAGCUGCCCUGGGAUAGUUGCAACAUGUGCGCGGCAAGUACGCUUUGCCUUGUGUGUGUUGCACUGCAUCCACUCACGGAAUGUGAAGUAGCCAUUCUCUCCAGAAAGAACUGGGCAGCACUUGAGAGGCGAAUUCACCUCCUAUAGCGUUUGGCGUGUUGAUGUAUCCGAGAGGCGAUUUUGUGAUAAUGUUGUGCAACAAUUUUCCACCUGCACACGUGACACGACCUUGUUCAUUCAAACUGAUCGUGAUUUGUAGCAAACUAGAGAACGUUGCCAUGCUGCAGUUUGCAAAUCUGCACGGUGCACUCUGGAUGACAUACGAAGCUCUGUAACCAACGUUGUUACCAUAUGCUAAUAGUUCCAGGUCACACCAACUUCUACAUGGAUAUGCACAUUUGGGGUCAUAAAGCUCCUUGCCCCUGGUUUUGUUCAUUCGGCUGUCACUGUGCUGUAUUUAUCAACUGUGAGUCGAAUAGGUUUAAUGACACUAUCAGAUCUGCUGACAAAGUCCUUGUUUCUCAUGAAAUGCAGGCGCAAACUGGAUUUCCUUAAUGCAGCUCUACUCCAUAACUCCUCUGCACAGUAAUGCCAAUCUUGGCACGAGUUUUUAAUUCAUCGAACAUGUUAAAUGCAAGUACAAGCUCAUUUCUGUUUGUGUAGUCAUUCUGUGUGGGUUUAGUUCACAAGUUUUACAGUAUGUUGAUUCGUAAUCGUUUACUAAUAUUGACACAUUUUCUGGUUGCGUUUUUCCAGUGACAGUUUGUCACUGACUGACAAAGUCGCAAGCUUAUCGCUCGGCACAAGACGUACAGUACCUUCCUGUGCCGAAGGUGUCUUGAAUAUUGUUGCCGAUAUUACGGCGAAAGAACCUUUGUCAUCAGUUUGCUCGUAUAAAGUGAAUAGUGGUUUGCAGUUCAGCGUAAUGGCUGUUGAUCUCAUAUGUACUAGAAUUUGAAAUUUGCACAUUGCUUAUGUUUCUUUAGUGACCACAUUUUACGGUCUAACAAAGUCGCGAAGUUAUUGCUUGGCAGAAGGUCCGCUUUCCUGGAGUGGGCAUUUCUCACACCACUAUUCGCAUGGUGCAGACAAUCUGAUAAGAAGGUUUUUUUUUUUUCUCUGUAGAAUCUAUGGCAACAUUCAAGAGACUUUCGAUACAGGAAGGCACAUCAUGUGCCAAAUGAUAACUUGGUAACUCUGUUAGGCAGGAACACACGGUCCUUGUAAAAACAUAAACAAUGUGUACAUGUCAAAGUUCAUCACUAAUGUUUUUCUUUUACGGUCGGUCAUUCUGCCAGUGGAGCUGGCAACUGUUCGUGAAGUUGCUUAACUUUGUUGUUUCAUUUUCUACAGCGUAGAGUACUUUCUUUGAAAGCUGUUGUUAACGCUUCCAUUACGGGUGGCUGUUUCUUAGAUUAACCUCGAUGUGAUGCUGGAAUGUUGGCUGGUCUGUGUGCUAAUGGACAGAAAGUUGUCAUGCUGUUGUUAAUAGAAAUAUAAUUGCUGCAAAUGAAAUAAAAUGUGAUGAUGUGAA